AUGUUUAGACAAGUCACAUUUCGUUCAUCUUCAUCAUUGUUCCUACCUGUAACUAGAUAUACCUUGAGACCAUUAUCAAUGACUAAACCGACUCCAUCAAACACUGCAUCUUCAUCCGAGUCAAACUUACCCAAAGACAGCAAAGAUGGCCAAAAUGUUGUACCCAAUGACGAUCCAGUGACUCACACACAACAACCAAUAAUAUUUGCUCCAAAGACGUACCAAUAUACCAAGGGACAUUUAGACGUUAACGACGUCUUGCCUAACCCAUUAGAUCAAUUUGAUAAAUGGUUUAAAGAAGCCCAAGAGCAACUACCACCUAAUUCAGACACUAUCAUCGAAUCAACCAAUUUCUCUACUGCUAGAUUACCUAGUGGCAGGGUAUCUAGUAGGAUUGUGUUGUUAAAAGAAUUGGAUAAAUAUGGGUUCCUUGUAUAUUCCAAUUGGGACACUUCAAAGAAGGCUGAGGAUUUCAAUAGCAACAAGUAUGCGGCAUUGACAUUCUUUUGGCCCCAUGUCCAACGUCAAGUUAGAGUUGAAGGAAUCAUGGAACACGUAACGAGAGAAACUAGUGAAAGGUACUACAAGACAAGACCAAGAGGAUCAAAAAUUGGGGCUUGGGCAAGCCCACAAAGUAAAGUCAUAUCGUCAAGAGAUGAUUUAAGUGAAUUGAAUGACGAGUACACGGCAAAGUUUAAGGACUUACCCGACGAUGAAAUUCCUUGUCCUGAAUACUGGGGUGGUAUUAGGAUUGAACCCUUGGAGGUUGAAUUUUGGCAAGGUGGUGUCAGUAGAUUACAUGAUCGGGUUACAUUUAGAAGAGACGAUAUUACCAACCCCCAAUGGGAAGUAAUUAGACUUGCUCCAUAG